UGACUUCGCGCAUGCGUACUGAGUAUUGUUUCCGUUCCUGUCGGUGUGGAGGCCUCAGGCAGGUAAACAGGUUCUCCAGAGGUUCUCCUACGGUUCUGUUGGUUCUAACUAGCUCUCAGCGGUUCCGGUCGGACCAGCAGGAAAAUGUCUCCAUCCGCCACGUUUCACUCCCAGCUCGCCUCCAUCAUGGAGGUUCUGGCCAACACGGCGGUGGCGGAGAUCUGCGAGCUGGUGGACAACGGCUACGCGGUGCUGCAGCUGGAGAUCAGCAGGAGCCGCAAAGAGAACGAGGUUCUGCGGAGGAAACUGCGGCUCCUGGAGCUGCGGGCGGCGCGGUCUGCCGCGCUCAGAGCCGCCGCGAGCGGAAGCGGCGCCGCGCUGCUGUACGCCGCUAGCGGCCGCCCGCGCGCCAACCAGCGCGUUCACGAGCCGAGGAGGAGCGUGACACUGACAGAAGUUGCAGCAGAGCUGUCCUUGUCGUCCAAUCAGCAGACUUCUCAGUGCAGAAAGACCCACCCACCACCAGAACCGGAACCAGAAGCUGCAGGACAGAUGGCGGCUGCAGCCGAGACCACAGUGGUGAUCAAGGUGGAGGAUGAGGAGGAAGAGUCCUGGUCCCAGUCCGACCCUCAUGGUCGGUUCUGUGUUGGUUCUGAGGAUCAGCACGAGGCAGAAGCUUCGUCCUCGCUGGUCAAACAGGAAGAGAGCGGUGCAGACGGCGGCGUCUCUUGGACCAGCGCGGAGGUGAGCUCCACCUCCACCCAGCAGACCAAUCAGAGGCCAGAAGCCAGCGGCUACGACUCCAUGAUGCUGCAGCAAGCCUCCCACGCUGCAGCAGCAGAACCCGGCGGCUCCUCCGGGUUUGUUCCCAGCAGAAACGCUUCAGCCGAUUCAGGAAGCGGCUUCAGCCACAGAGAGGCGAGUCUGUCUGCAGCGGGGCAGCGGCAGCAGAGCCACGCCGCCCCCGGAGGGAAAAAGUUUGCCUGCAGCUUCUGCGGGAAAAGCCUGGCCUGCCUGAAGAACCUGAAGACCCACAUGCGGGUUCACACGGGCGAGAAGCCGUACGUCUGCGCGCUCUGUGGGAAACGCUUCUCCGACUCCAGCAACCUGAAGCGCCACCAGAGCGUCCACACGGGGGAGAAACGCUACGGCUGCGUCCACUGCGGGAAGCGCUUCGCCCAGUCCGGCUCGCUGAAGGUCCACAUGGCCGUCCACACGGACUGCGGCCAGUUCCGCUGCUCCGUCUGCGGGAAGGCCUUCACCUCCGCCGGCCACCUGAGGAGGCACGUCGCCAUGCACGCCGGGGACAAAUGCUUCCCCACUGCGUUACCGUGACGACCAACAGCAGACGCUGCGUCCUUCAGCAGGAGUUUCAGACCAGUCGUCGGCCGCGCUUCCUGCAGCAGGUCUGAUGCUUCCUGCUGGUCGGAUCAGAGCGACAGGAAGUCCUGAAACCGUCCGGAUCAUCAGGCUCCUCCCACAAACUGUGCAAACUAUGUUUCUGUGCAAAUUCUGACAUUUAUGUGUACAUUUUUAAAAUUCUGCCAUAUUUUGGCAGAAACAGUUUAAGAGGAUAAAGCUACUGCUGUUGAGUUUUUCUUUUUUCCUGGUUAGCGUUUACAUCACAGCCAUGUGUUCGGGUUUUAUUGUCCCACUUAAAGGAGGAGUUUUUUUCCGGUGGUCUGGCGGGGGGUCGCGCUUUUAUGAGGUUUUUGUGUCUGUGUGUGUGUGUGUGGUUUUGGGAAUUGACGGUCUGACGGGACAUCGCCCCGUUGCCCCGUCAGACCGUACUGUUUUCUAAAACUAUCUCAGACAGACGCCCCCUGGUGGUGAGUGAGGAGAGGGAAUAAUCAGCAUUGUUUGACUUGUGACUUGCAAAAUUGGCAAGCUGGAAGUCUGUGAUGUUGCUGAGCUUCACAGCAAAUACUGUGAUGUAAUAGUUAAAAAACAUAAUAUGGAGCAGAGAAAAGUGAUUGGAUUGAAACGUUGGACCCAGACAGAAUAUGAAGGUAUCUAUGCAGCACCAGGAGAAACUAAGUUAAACUUUUCUGCGCUCCUAGAGAUGCCAAGUACACAACAGGUAUUUAAGGGCUGAAAGUGGUUUAGGAAUCAUGAGUUCCUUUAACUGGUCCAAAGGAACCUGAACGACCUCCAGAGAACCUGGAGAACCGCAGACGGAGAAAAUAUUUUGGUUUCAGACAGGAUGAGUUUUAAAUCCACUGUGACGCUUCAGCAUCUUCCUCCUCUGAGCGGCGGGUCUUCAUCCGACCCGGUUCGGUUCGGUUCGGUUCUGAGGAGAACCAGCUGGUUACACAUGAUGGAGAAAUGUUUCCGGAAAAAUCUGCACAGUUUUCUUCAGAGUUAAAAACUUCAUGUUUUCUGGUUUAUUGUGAACAAAACAAAUGUUCUGUUUUUGUUUAGGAAGUUUUUACGUCUCGACGGUUCUAAUAAAAUGACUCGAUUGUUUCUCUGGUUUCUUUGCUUUAGACUGAAACAGUUGGUUUAAUCAUCUCCGUCUUUGUGUUGCCUUCAGGGUCAAAGGUCACAGACUUAAAAGAAGUUGGACACAAAAACUGGAAUUAAUUUUUAAACAAACACAGAACCUCAGAUUGUCUUUAAUGUGGUUUAAUAGCUUGAUAAUAAACAGUCUGACAACAGGCAGGAGACAGGAAAUUAAAUCCAACGUCACAGCGCCACCAACUGGUCAAAUAUCCAAGAACACCUAUGAAAUCUCUUUUUACAGGAAAUCUUUUCAGAUUCACAUGAAUUUAAUUUAAACUCCACAUUUUUCUUUUGUUUCACAGUUAAUAUUUAACUCCUGCUGAGCUGCCAGACUGUUUCUGAAAAACAAGUGCCAUCACAGCGUCACAUUUCCAAGUGCAUUCAAUCAAAAUACAAACAGCAGAACAUGAGGCUAAGAGCUUCACACAGAUCUAAAGCUUAGAAAGUAAAAAAAAAAAAAAACUCCACAAAUUUCACUUAAAUAUGAUUUUUAAAAACCACACGUUCUUAAGCUGCACUGUCUGGUUGCGACCAGCAGAGAGCAGCAGAGUUUGGUCUCUAAUAAAAACACAGAGCAAGAAGAGUUGAAGGACAACAUGUUUACCAGUAAUAAACAGGAAGCUUCCAGAACAAAGUAAAGCAGAGCGCUGUAUCAAAAAUAUCAUCGUUUUGUUUCUGGAUAAAAAAUUUGGCACUUUGAUAAAAACGUUUCUGUCGGGUCUUCGGACCACAGCAUGAUUAGAAGGAUUUCUGUGGGAAGAUUUUUCAUUUUGCGAGCCCUGAACGCAUCACGACCUUCCUGACGGUUCCCUGCAGGAAAAACGUCGGCUCUGCUUUAACCUGAAACCGAAGCUCAGCUCUGGAUUUCUGACAAAUGAUCAGAAAGUUUUACAGUACAGUUUACAUUUCUUGGUCUCUGCGUUUCCACACAAAGUUUUAUUUUCAAUAAUAAUAUCAACAUGGAGCCUCUGAAGUGAGAGAUUAUUUUUAGUUUGAGUGGAUUAAAAAAUAAAAGCACUUCAGGAGCUCCAUACAGAGGCAAGUCCCUUUCAAAAUAAAAGAUUGCGACAAAGUAAAAACUUGGAAAUAAAAACACAUGAGAAGUAAAUACAUUUAUUUUUUCCUAAAAUUAUCUUCUGAAAUCCCUUUUCUCACUUUUGUACAGCUGAAUUUUGGAGCAGCUUGGUUUAGUUUUUCUGCAGCCAUGAAGGAUUUAUUACGUUGUUAAUAAUAAGAAUUUAACUUUUAUUAAAUUUUUAAAUAUCUAAACAUUUCAUCAACAUCAAGGUUUUAUUCCUAUUAAUCUGUCUGAACAGGAUAAAAUAUAUUAAUGCAAAAAAAAAAAAAGACUUCUGGAGCUCCAUA